AUGUAUCACCUGUAACAAUAACUCCCGAAUAAAAAAAUUAUCUAAUAACUUUAGUAGAGACUCAGAAUAGAGACCACUAUUCAUGAAACUAUACAUAUAUUAGGCUUUUCUGCUGCUUCAUAUAAAUACUGGAUUGAUCCUGAUACAUAAACGUUUUAUGGGCCAACUGGAGCAAGCAAAAUAAUAGGAACAUAAAUUAUUAGAAAUACUACAACAACUAUUCUUUAUUCUCCUAAUGUACUAAAAACAAGUAAAAAAUAUUAUAAUUGUACCUCUAUGAAAGGGAUGUAAUUGGAAAAUACAGAAGGAACAGGAAGUUAUAGUUCCCAUUGGGAAAAGACAAUUAUUUUAAAUGAAAUUAUGUAAAGUGAAACUGUAAUUACUGACGCUUCUCUUUCUGUUUUAACUGCUUCUCUUUUAAAGGAUACAGGUUUUUAUGCUGAUAUAAAUGAAAAUUUUGUUUCUAAUAUAUAUUGGGGAAGAAAUAGAGGUUGCGAUUUUAUAAAUAAUGCUUGUAGAGGUAUAAAUAAAUAUAUAGAGUUUGUAGAUUCCAGUGUUAUUAAAAGUUGUACAUUUGAAUUUAUGGGAUAAGGUGUUGGGGCUAAUCCGGCUAAUUUAGAUGGUUGUUAUUAUGUAAAGGCUUAUAGUAAUAAAUUAUGUACUAAUCCUGAUAAUAAUUAAUUAAAAAUUAAUACUUAUGUUAAUUAUAGAUAUGAAAAAUAUGGUUAUACUUCUAGGUGCCUAAAUUCUACUGCUAGUUCAGGCUAAUAUAUUUUCUCAGACACUAUGAGAUGUCACGAUAUUUAAUGUGCUCCUGAUUAUAGUUAUAUAACAAUAAAAUUUAGUCAGACUAAUUAAGAGAUUUAAUGUACUAAAGAAAAGAUGGUAGUUCCUGUAGAUACAUUAAACCCAAAAAAAGGAAAAAUUACAUGUCCUGAAAAUUUUUAAAAUUUCUGCGAUUUUUAACCUCUUUGUAAAAAUUUCUGCAGCUAAAAAGGAGUAUGUAUAAGGGGAUUUUGUAUAUGCAUAUAAGGAUAAACUGGAGAAGAUUGUUCUAUAUAAUGCCCUAAAUAUAGUGAAAAUGGAGUAUGUGUAACUUCUUGUUCUCUUGGAAAUUACGCAGGGAUAGAUAAUACUUGUAGGCCAACUUGUUUUAAAGGAUUUUAUUAAAAUAAUGGAGUAUGUUCAUAAUGUCAUUCAAGUUGUAGUAUAUGCACUGGUCCAUUAGCUAAUUAAUGUACAGCGUGUUAAUUUUUAACAUAUUUAGAUGGCACUUCAUGCGUAGAAACUUGUCCUUCUAAUAAAAUACCAAACGAAUAAACUAAAUUGUGCGAAUCAUGCUCUAAUGGAUGUUUGGUCUGCACUUCAUCUACUACUUGUUCAUAGUGUGAUGUAUCAUUAAAUUAUGUUUUAAGUAAUGGAUUUUGUGUUAAAAAUAUGACUUGUGAUUCUUCUUGCUUAGCAUGUAGUGGAACUGCUACUUAUUGCACAAAAUGCUCCUCUCCUUUAUUUUUAGAUAAAGUUCUUGCAAAAUGUGUCGUUUCUACAUCUUGUCCAUCUACUACUUUUGCCAAUACUACAAAUUAAGAAUGUACGAAUUGUACAUUAACAGGAUGUACUAAAUGUUUAAAUUCUAGUACAUGUAGUACUUGUGCUGUUGGAUAUAGACUAGUAGGAUCUGUUUGCUCUAAUUGUACUUCUCCAUGUUUAACCUGUUAAUCCACUAGUUCUACAUCAUGUCUUUCGUGUGAAUUAAUUACUUAAUUUUUGAAUGGAAAUUCAUGUGUAACAACAUGUCCUGUAGGCACAUAUCCUGACACUUUCACUAAAUUAUGUAAAGCCUGCUCUUUAACAGGAUGCUCUGCUUGCUCAAGUGCUACUGUAUGCACUACUUGUACUAGUGAAUAUACACUUAUUAGCAAUACGUGUGUAAUCCCUUCUUUGUGUACAUUUCCUUGCUAAACAUGCUAUUCUACUGAUAAUACAAUAUGUACUUCUUGUGUUUCAGGAUAUUACUUAUUUUAUUAAAAUUGUUUUACUACAUGUCCUUAAGAAACCUAUUUAGAAACAUCAACAGGAACAUGUUAAUGGUGUUAAUAUGGUUGCUUAAAAUGUAUAAAUAAUAAUGUUUGCAUUAUAUGUGAUACUGCUAAUAGAUGGAAAUUAUAUAUUAAUUAUUGCAUUGAGGCUACUGACUGUUAUGAUCCUUGCAAAACUUGUGUUUCAUAUAAACCUACAACUUGUAAUUCCUGUUAAACAGGAUAUUAUCUGUCUAUUAAUUAAUGUUUAACACUAUGUCCUAAUGGAACAAAACCGACCACAGGCGUUUGCUGA